CUGACAUACCUUCCUCCUCCGUGGGGCGAGUGUGUGUCCAGAGCCCUGGAUUCAGGCCUCUUUCAGGUGUACAGUGUGUCUGCCUGCCGUAUCGAGUGUGAGACGCGCUACAUCGUAGAUAACUGCAACUGCAGGAUGGUCUACAUGCCUGGUGAUUCUUCGUACUGCACUCCUGAACAAUAUAAGGACUGUGCUGAACCUGCUCUGGCUGCUCUGUCAGCUGUUGAAGGCACAAACUGCAUCUGCAGGAGCCCGUGUAACAUGACUCGAUACAACAAAGAGCUUUCCAUGGUCAAGAUCCCUAGUAAAACUUCUGCACGCUAUCUGGAGAAGAAGUUCAACCGGUCAGAGAAGUACAUCACGGACAAUAUCCUUGUUCUGGAUGUGUUCUUUGAGGCUUUGAAUUAUGAGACCAUAGAGCAGAAGAAAGCAUACGAGGUGGCGGGUCUACUAGGUGAUAUUGGUGGUCAGAUGGGCUUGUUUAUCGGUGCAAGUAUCCUGACCAUACUGGAGCUAUUUGAUUAUGCAUACGAGGUAUGUCAACAUCUAUGUAUUUAAUGUAAAUAUAAAUGUAUAAUAUGAAUGCAUUUAUUAAUUUGUCAUCAUCAUAAUGGGAUUAAUAUACCUGUUUUUUUCUUCUUAUAGUUACAAAAUUGCAGCAUCUACCAUUCAACCAUACCGUUUGGGGUCAUUAAGAUUUUAUGUUGGUUUUAUUUACACUUGUAUUAAAUUUAAGUGAGAGUAAAGUCAUUUAUAAUGUUACAAAAGAUUAGCAUAAUUGUUUUCAGCAUUACAAAUAAUAAAACAUUUCUUUAGCAGCAAAUAUGCACGAAAAGUCGUGACACUGGAGUAACGAUGCAGAAAACUCAACGUUGCCAUUACAAGACUAAAUUAAAACAUAUUUAAAUAGAAAACAGUUCUUGUGAUUCCAGUAAUAUUUCAAAAUAUCAUUUUUACUACGUUUUAAACAAAAUGCAGUUUUGUUGAGUCGUGCUGAGACGUCUUUCAAAAACAUUAGCGACCCCAAACAUUUGAAUGGCGAUAUACAAAAUGAGUCUGGUUCACUUUGUCAAAAAUGUGAUGUGUGCCCUUUGCGAUCCUAUUGCAAGACAUAUUCUGCAUAU